AUGAGAAUACUUCGCAGAGCCGAGACCAACGAAUCGCCUAAAACUCGCAAUGAAGUGAUUGACGACAAACGAGAAAGUAUUAAAUACGUGGUCAAUGUAUUGAAUCGUUUGGACAAAGGGCUCGAGAAUUUAGAUAAAGCAGACAGUAAUAGAUGUCUGAGUGGUAUACCCGGCGGUGAUUGUAGCAGCGAUUUGGGGGAUUGGGCUAACAUUCCCAGCAGAAAUCCCGGCAAACGGAGCGUAAGGCAAACGCAAAGUGCAAACAAUAUACACGUAUUUAAGCGAAAGAAAUGUAUUACUGGUAUUCCGGGCGCUGACUGUGAUGUAGACGUCGGACCCGUUGUGACCGAAAUUCACAGAAAUCCCGGCAAACGGAGUGUUAGAGUAGAGAUAAUGGCCGCCAAACGGGGAGUGGACUGUUCGCCGAUCGGAGGUCUGCCGGGGGCUGACUGUGACUGGAAUGAGAUGGGAGAGGAGGCGAAGGCACAGAAGCUUAUGAAGAGUAGUAUUAGAAAUCCCGGCAGAAAAAGACGAUCUCUUCAUUGA